CCCCCUCUCCGUGGAAUACUACUUCGGACUCCCCGGAAGUCCACUUCCUUUCUUGCUUCCUCUGUUUCCAUUCCUCUCCACCGCUUCAAAAUGACAUCUUUCGAUCUCGAAACAGCUUUUCUCCUCUUCUUCGUCCCGAAAACCGUGUUCUCUCCGGUCAUUGCCUUCGCCAUCGUCGCGCUCGCCGCCGUCUGGCUCAGCCCCGGAGGGCUCGCUUGGGCUCUCUCCAAGGCACCUCGCUCGAUCCCCGGACCGCCGGGAGUAGUCCUGGCCCUUGCCGGCACCGCCGCCCAUCGGGCCCUCGCUGGCCUCGCCCGCUCCAUCGGAGCUACUCGCCUGAUGGCCUUCUCCGUCGGCUUAACCCGCUUCAUCGUGUCGAGCCACCCCGACACCGCCAGGGAGAUACUCAACAGCUCGGCCUUCGCCGACCGGCCGAUCAAGGAGUCCGCCUACGAGCUGCUCUUCCACCGCGCCAUGGGCUUCGCGCCCUUCGGCGAGUACUGGAGGAAUCUGAGGAGAAUCUCCGCCACCCAUUUGUUUAGCCCCCGGAGAAUCGCCGCCUUCGGCGAGCACCGCUGGGCGAUCGGCGAGCAGAUGGUGGGGGAUAUAAGAGCUCUGAUGGGGACCGAUGGAGCGGUGGAACUGAAGCGGGUGCUUCAUUUCGGGUCUCUAAACAACGUUAUGAUGAGUGUCUUCGGAAAAAGAUUCGAUUUUGCGAAGGGGGAAGGGCUGGAAUUGGAAGCGUUGGUGAAAGAAGGAUACGAGCUUCUUGGGAUGUUCAACUGGAGCGACCACUUCCCCUUGUUGGGGUGGUUGGAUCUCCAAGGAGUGAGAAAGAGGUGCCGUAGAUUGGCUGGAAGAGUUAAUGUGCUUGUGGGAAAGAUCAUAGAGGAGCACAGAAGGAAGAGGAUUGAUGGAGGUGGUCUGGAUGGGGCUGGUGACUUUGUGGAUGUGCUGCUGGAUUUGGAGAAGGAGGAGAGGCUCUCUGACUCUGAUAUGGUUGCUGUUCUCUGGG